AUGGCCGCCCCUUCCGCUAUGUGCGUCGUCGAGACCGUCAACGGUCGCGAGUACAAGGUUCGCGACAUGGCCAUGGCUGACUUCGGUCGCAUGGAGAUCGAGCUCGCGCAGGUCGAGAUGCCCGGCCUCAUGUCCAUGAUCAAGGAGUUCGGCCCCUCCCAGCCGCUCAAGGGCGCGAACGUCUCCGGCUCGCUCCACAUGACCAUCCAAACCGCGGUGCUCAUCGAGACGCUCGUCGCGCUCGGCGCUAACGUGAGGUGGUGCUCGUGCAACAUCUUCUCCACGCAGGACCACGCCGCGGCCGCGGUCGCGCGCGACUCCGCCGCGGUGUUCGCGUGGAAGGGCGAGACGCUCGAGGAGUACUGGUGGUGCACCGAUAAGAUGCUCAACUGGGGCUCCGACCCGCUCGACAUCAUCGUCGACGACGGCGGCGACGCGACGCUCCUCAUCCACGAGGGCUACAAGGCUGAGAUCGAGUUCGAGAAGUCCGGCGCGAUCCCGGACCCGUCCACCACGAACAACGCGGAGAUGAAGCUCGUGCUCAAGACGAUCAAGGAGAACCUCGCGAUCGACCCCAAGCGUUGGCACAAGAUCGUCGAGACGUGCGUCGGCGUCUCCGAGGAGACGACGACGGGCGUCAAGCGUCUGUACGAGAUGCAGAAGGCGGGCGAGCUCCUCUUCCCGGCCAUCAACGUCAACGACUCCGUGACCAAGUGCAAGUUCGACAACCUCUACGGCUGCCGUCACUCGCUUCCGGACGGCAUCAUGCGCGCGACGGACGUGAUGAUCGCGUCCAAGACGGUGUUCGUCGCCGGCUUCGGCGACGUCGGGAAGGGCUCCGCGCAGGCGAUGAAGGCGGCGGGCGCGCGCGUGAUCGUGUCCGAGAUCGAUCCGAUCUGCGCGCUCCAGGCGGCGAUGGACGGGUUCCAGGUCGCGCCCAUCGAGGACUGCGUCAAGGAGGCGGACAUCUUCAUCACGACGACGGGUAACAAGGACAUCAUCAUGGUGGAGCACAUGAAGCAGAUGAAGAACAACGCCAUCGUCGGCAACAUCGGUCACUUCGACAACGAGAUCGACAUGGCCGGCCUCGAGUCUUACCCGGGCAUCAAGCACACGAACAUCAAGCCCCAGUGCGACCGCUACGAGUUCCCCGACGGCCACGGCAUCAUCAUGCUCGCGGAGGGCCGUCUCCUCAACCUCGGGUGCGCCACCGGUCACCCCUCCUUCGUCAUGUCGUGCUCGUUCACGAACCAGGCGAUCGCGCAGCUCGAGCUCUGGAACGAGCGCAAGACGGGCAAGUACGAGAAGAAGGUGUACGUCCUCCCCAAGCACCUCGACGAGAAGGUCGCCGCGCUUCACCUCGAAAAGAUUGGCGUCAAGCUCACGAAGCUCAGCGCGGAGCAGGCGGCGUACAUCAACGUCCCGGUCGAGGGUCCGUACAAGCCCGCGGCGUACCGCUACUAAGCGCGCGCGUGCGCAGCAAUUCCGUUUGCGUUUCACGGAUAAACGUUAGAUGAAAUACUACCACCGCUCGCUUAUUAGUCUGGUCGAGUCCCACGGGGGGGUAGGCGCCGAGAGUCGAAGCUUUUAUUAACGAGCUCGACGACGAAGACUCGGCGCCGAACACGGCACGCGUAUUGUUUUCUUUGCCAACCCGCUAUUCUUUGCUUUGUAAUGAAGUUACCGACGUAUAAAUCAAA